GUUAUCGUCGUUAUGCCUGUCGCGGCAAACAAUCCUGCUGCCGGCGUCGUAAAUUCGAAGGAAGCCAGGCAGGGGCUACGCUCCAAUUUGCAUGAUCCUCCUUCCUCCUCGCGCGAAACGUGCCGCGAAUCGUUCCUCUCGGGGAAACUCCUGAGGCUGGAUGACGUAGACGUGACAAUAGCCCGUCUACUGGAAACCAGUCGGCUUGCUGGCCAAGUGUCGCGAGAAUCGUGUCCGGUAGAAAGAGUCGAACAAUUGUUACCUCCUCAUCGCCACCCACGCCGCGACUGACGCGUGCACACGUCUCCGCGAAUCGGAGAUGACGGUUUAGUGGAUCCUUUCACCGUUGGGGGGAAUCCCUAUAUAUACAAGUAUUCGACCACGACCCGCUUCGCAACGGUUCGAGGCACGAAGAUCGUCGCAGGGAUGAUGAUCCUGUCACCGAUAUUCAUCUUGAUCGCGGCAGCGCUCGUCGUUGGUUCAGGAGCGUACGGGGUGAACGGCGGAAGCGGUAGCCUGGCGUUCAGCAGCGCUUCCGCGUCGGCGAAUGCAUUCCUCGGCAAUUUACCUGGAAGCUCCGCGAGUCACGACGGGCACAAAGGGAUCCGUAGCUACGACGACGGUGGAUCCGCCAACGGUGGCCAUGACCAAACGGCCACGCAUCCCGGAACCAAGGGUGGUAACGGAUGCGCGAAAUGCAAGUGGGAGGACGACGAUUAUUGGGAGCAGGAAGAGGACUACGCAGAACCGGAGGAGAGGAGCGAAGAUGACUGCGACGAUGGCGACGAUGGUCAAUACAGACCAGAGCAUCACGGCGGCCAUUAUCAUGGACGUGGGAAGAAACCUGGCUCGCCUUCGGGUGUGCAAAAAUUGGGAGCACCUGGGGUAGGCGGAAGUCCGGUGUAUGGUGGAGCUCCAGGGGCAGGUGGAAGUCCAGGAUAUGGUGGACCUUCAGGUGCAGGUGGAAGUCCAGGAUAUGGUGGAUCUCCAGGAGCAGGUGGAUCUCCAGGAUAUGGUGGAUCUCCAGGCUCAGGUGGUACUCCAGGCUAUGGAGGAACCCCAGGACCCCAUGGUACACCAGGACCUCAUGGAGCACCAGGCUCAGGUGGAGCUCCAGGCUAUGGAGGAUCCCCAGGACCUCACGGAGCACCAGGAACAGGCGCAGUCCAACCUGGCGCCUCAGUCAAAGGAAGCCCCCAAUUCGGAAGCCCCUCGCCAGUAUCGCCAUGGAACAAACCAUCGGGAGCUCCAGGUACAGGAAACUACGGACCUGGUCCUCAGCUUGGCCACCAACCUAAUCAACAACCUGGCCAACAACCUGGUAGCUUUGGUACCAAGCCCUGGAACCAAGGUUCGGCGCCUGGAACUGGCUCGCAACCUUCAGUAGGCUGGAAUGCUGGCUCUGCACCAGGCAAACCGGGAACCAAUCAGCCAGGAUGGAACAAGGGGCCUGAAACGGGUUCUGGAUGCUCUGGCAGUUAUCAACCUGGCGCCUCCUGUGGUCAAGGCACAGGUGGUGCAGGUCCUGUGAAACAAGCUCCGUUACCCUUUGGCAGUCCCAACACAGGCACCGUUCAGAAACAGCAAGGAUCCCCCGACUAUUCAACUAGUCCUACGGGAGGAUAUAGCCCUCAAGGUUCUCCUGGGUGCACUAGUGGUCCUUAUGGUAACUGUGGAGAUGCGCCUGUUGGAUCUCCGUAUGGACCAACUGCUGGACAACCUGGAUCGCCUCAGAAUAAUAACGGUUAUGGACCUAACACGGGAAAUGGACAAGGGCAUCUAGGUGCUCCGGGAAGUCCAGGAUACUCAGGCAGUGCUGGAAGACCAGGAUAUCCAGGUAGUCCAACGAAUCCACCAAGUCCAGGAUAUCCAGGUAGUCCAACGAAUCCAUCAAGUUCAGGAUAUCCAGGUAGCCCAGGUAGCCCAGGAAGCCCAACAAGUCCAGGAAGUCCAAAAAGUCCAGGAUAUCCAGGUAGUCCAACAAACCCGUCAAGUCCAGGAUAUCCCGGUAGCCCAGGAAGUCCAAAAAGUCCAGGAUAUCCAGGUGCCUCAGGAAGUCCAACAAGUUCAGGACAUCCAAGCAGUCCAGGAUAUCCAGGAAGUCCAACCAGUCCAGGCAGUCCAGGGCCAUCUCAAUCUUUCCACGGAGCCUUCGCAGGUGCGAGUGCCGGAGCUUUCGCAGGAGCAGGAAACGCGCCCAGUCCUGGAACAACAGGAACACCAAAUUUUCCAAGUGGAAGUAGUCCUUACGGAGGUCAGAAACCGUCUUACGGACCUGGCAGCACCGGUCCUGGCGCAAAAGGAGGUCCAAGCGGAUCAGGCCCGAGCGCUGGGCCAAACGGUUAUGGCAGUGGCCCUGGAAACGAGAAGCCUAGCUCUGGAAGCAGUCCAUCCGCGCCAGGCAAGCCUGGACAUCGUAAACCCAGCAACGGGGACAGCAAUAUCUUUUAUAUAAACGUGAAUCCUGCUCCGGGAAGCCCUAUUGGAAAGAAACCUCAUGGCGCGACAAACGGAGAACCAGGAACAACGAAAUCUCCCUUUGGACCUGGAAACGCUGGAACUACGAAGCCUGCCUAUCAGCCAGGACCUCAUGGAAGUGCAGGACCCACGAAGUCUCCUUACGGCCCAGGUCCUUCUAGUGGACCUGAAACUAGUCAACCAAGCUAUCAGCCAGGUCCUCAUGGAAAUACAGGACCCACGAAGUCUCCUUAUGGACCAGGUCCUUCUAGUGGACCCGGAUCUAGUCAACCAAGCUAUCAACCAGGUCCUCAUGGAGGUUCAGGUCCUUCUAGUGGACCUGGAACUAGUCAACCAAGCUAUCAGCCAGGUCCUCAUGGAAAUACAGGAUCCACGAAGUCUCCUUAUGGACCAGGUCCUUCUAGUGGACCCGGAUCUAGUCAACCAAGCUAUCAACCAGGUCCUUAUGGAGGUUCAGGUCCUUCUAGUGGACCUGGAAUUACACAGCCUGGUUAUCAGCCAGGUUCUCAUGGAAAUACAGGACCCACGAAGUCUCCUUAUGGACCAGGUCCUUCUGGACCUACUCAGCCUGGUUAUCAGUCAGGUUCUCAUACCGGACCUGGAACUACGAAGUCUCCAUAUCCAACUGGACCUCACGGAGGGACUCCUGGGAGCAGUACUGGGUGGCCCAGUCCUGGAACAGGAAGCCCAGGAAGUCAGAGCCCGUCAGGCUCGAAUCCUGGCAGUGGUCCAAGCGAUUGCGGAGCAGGCGAUGGACAGAGUUGCGGAGGCGGAUGUAGUCAGAAUUGCGAAAGUGGAUGUGGCCAGAGUUGUGGAGCCGGAUGUAGUCAAGGUGGAUCAUCGCCCUGCGAUCAACAAGGCGCUCCCAACGUCAACAAGAUCUCUGGACCAGAAGGUGGUGUACCUGACGAUCUCUCGCAAUCUCCCCAAGGAGCCUUCCCUGGAGGCGCUGGACCUGGAAAUAACAAACCUGGAAGUAGUGGACCUGGUUGCACUUACGGUAGUUGUCCACCUGGUGUCGGUCCAACAUCCUAUGGCAAACCUGAUACCGCGAAUAAAAUUCCCGGAGGGACUGGAACGUACGAAUGGAAUCCGUUUUUGACUGGAAAAGUGUCUUCUCCUACCAGCGGUGGCUCGUUCGCAACAACUACCAGCAAGCCAAUAGGUCUUGGGAACCCAUUCUUCGGGGGAGGUCCCGGAAAAAUUGGCGUAGCGACUGGAGCUGGAGCAUGGAGCAACACUAGUCCCGGAAGUCACUUUCCUCAAAGUGGAAACUCUCCACUUGGAGGAGGAGUAACGAACCCUACGAACAAAGACAAUCCCUUCUUUGGAGGAGGUUCAGGGCCAGGAUCAGGAAUUGGCGGGACAGAUGGCUCGGGUCCUGAAGGUCCAGGAGGCCAGGAUCAACAUCCAGACGGUCCCAAUAAAGUUACUUCGCCAUUUGGCGGAGGAUCGAUUCAGCAACCAAAUACAAAUCCUUUCUUCGGCGGUGCAGCAAGUUCUUCCGGAGCUAGCAGCCACUAUCCUGGCUCGGGUUCGGGUCCGGGAAGCAAUUCUCAAUACCCUGGAUCUGGAUCGGGCCCUGGAUCGGAUAACGGAAGUCCUAAUGGCGCGAAACACCCGUCAGGAACUCACCGUGGCUCCGGAAGCGGAGGAGGCGUUGGAGUUGGCUUCGAUGGACUUUUGGAUGGUGGUGGCUUUGGUGGUGGGAUUUCUGGAGCCUUCAGCGGUGCUCAUGCGUCCAGCUUUGCUGACUCGAAUGCUGCUACCUACGGAGGAUCAAAUCCAGGUUACGGACAAGCGAACAGCGGGAACUGGGCGUCCAGUGGUGCUGCGAGUCAAGCCGGAAGUGGAGCCUGGUCCUCGAGCGGCGCAUCCGCGUACGCCAGCAGCAGCGCAGGCAGCUGGGCAGGAGCAGGACCACACGCUGUGAAAGGAUAAUCGACGAGAAACCAGUGAGAGAUGAAACCAAGGAGGAUGAGAGGAAGAAGAAAAAAAAUUGAAGACGCCGUGGAAUUACAUUUAACGCGUUCAACGCCGCUUCCGGUUCGUAGGGACCUUGCGAAAUGUCGAACUUAUAGUGUAAAUGUUUACGUGAUAAUGGCAAGUGAUAAUGUGGGGAAAUUGGAAGAGAAUUUCCAUGAAUGCGAUGGAAUGCAUUGACAUAUAUAAAAUGUCAAUGAUGAUAUGGUGGUAUCAACUCUUUAUCCGAGUCUCCGGAAGUAUGAAUUUGCAUAAACAUUCGCGAUCUAGUUGCAAUACUUUUGACAACAUCUUUACGCUAUCUUUACAGAGCUUUGGCUCUUUCUACUUAACAGUAGAAUAGACGCGAAAUAGCAUUGGCGUUUAACGCGUUGAAUUAAACGCGGUGCUGCUAACACGAUUAAUUUUUAUCUCGCUUUAUUUGUACUUUUACUCGUAAUUUAUUUUGCCUCGCUCAUCGUGCGCGACGCAAUCACCGUGUCGAAACUCGUUUCAAGUCUUCUUUUACACCCGCAAUCCUGUUUACGUCGAUAAUUAGCGGAGGAUUAAUGCCGAUUCCACGGAGCGAUUGUGCUAUUAUUAUGCAGAGAUUGCUAUCGGCUGAUGUUCGAUAGAUAAUGAAUAGUGACAUAAGCGAUGAAUCGGUCGGGUUCCUGAACGGAUCUAAAGUGUUUUCAUUAAACAACAAUGUGAUUAACGAGGAAACUUGUAUGUAUGUGUGCGUGUACAUUGUAUAAUUCUUUUUUUUUUUUUUUUUUGAACAUACCACGUUCCGACAAUAAAAUCAUCACGAUGGCUCGUA